AUGAAUGUCCCUCUCGAUUCUGGGAUAUCCAAUAAUUCAGAUAUAGACGAAUGUUGGAAAGCAUGGAAAGAUCUAUUUAUCACAGCGAUAGAUAAAUUUGUACCUAAAAAGACAGUCGUUGACACCAACACACCACCUUGGAUAGACCGGGAUGUUAAACACAUGAUUAAGAAGAAAUAUACAGCUCUACGACAAUAUCGUCAGAAACGAACGGAAGGACGAAAACGCAAACUCUGUCAGUUGACACAGGAAACUAAGGACUUGAUUAAACAAAAACGCCAUCAAUACAUAGAAAAAGUUCAAGAUUCCCUCGCAAAAUCACCUAAGUUAUUCUGGUCCUACCACAAACAUAUCCUCCGCAAUAGAAACUCCCCACCUGCUAACACGUACAACAACUCAACUGCAACAACACCACACAAAAAAGCAGAACUUUUCAACGCAUUCUUCGCCUCUGUUUUUCUUCCGAAGUCAUCUUCCCAAGAUGCAAACCUGAACAUGACACCGAAAACUGACGAAAUAAUAUCUGAUAUUCAGAUCUCGCAGAAUGAAGUCGAGCAGUACCUUAACCAUUUGGACACAACAAAGGCUUAUGGCCCAGACGGAAUACCACCACGUCUACUGAAAGAAUUUUCAAGAGAAAUCUCGACAAGCCUCUGCAGUUUGUUCAACAUGUCCUUAACAACAGGCCGCCUACCUAUGGAAUGGAAACAUGCGAACGUUAUACCCAUCCACAAAAAAGACUGUGUCGAACCCGUGACCAACUACCGUCCCAUUUCCCUUCUGCCAAUAAUUUCCAAAGUUCUCGAAAGAUGCGUUUUCAAUAACAUUUACCCCUUUGUUCGUGUACUGAUCAAUAAUGUCCAACAUGGCUUCUUAAGAAAUCGUUCAUGUAUAACCCAGCUUGUAGGUAUACUCCAUGACAUUGGUAAAAAUCUGGAUCGAAACAAACAAAUCGAUGUGCUAUACCUAGAUUUCUCGAAAGCGUUCGACUCUGUAGAUCAUGACAUCCUACUUCACAAACUACAAAUGCAUGGCAUAAACGGAACGCUUUUACGAUGGUUCGAAAACUACUUGAACGAUAGAUGGCAGCGAGUUGUCAUUGAUGGUGCAGCCUCUGCAUGGUCUCCAGUAACAUCAGGUGUACCGCAAGGCAGCAUUCUGGGACCGUUGCUCUUUGUCAUAUUCAUAAAUGAUCUUCCCGAUAACGUUUCACCCCGUACGAACUCAGCACUGUAUGCAGAUGAUUCAAAGUUAUACAGAGAAAUAAAAUCGGUAGAAGAUUGCCAGUUCCUGCAAGACGACCUUGCCAAACUGGAAAAGUGGAGCACUGAUUCAAAAAUGCGAUUUAACACUGAAAAGUGCAAAGUGCUGACAAUAUCAAGAAAGCAACACCCAACGCGAUUUCCAUAUCGCAUAUAUGGUAAUGAAUUAUCUCCUUGUCAAGUCGAGAAAGAUCUUGGUAUGCUCGUGACCAGCAAUUUGAAAUGGGGCCCACACAUACUCAACAUGGUGGCGAAGGCAAAUAAAAUGCUUGGUAUCCUCAAACGCUCAUGCUUUGACAUUAACCACACCCAGGUCAGACGGACCUUAUAUCUAACGCUAGUUAAAUCUCAACUUGUUUAUGGAAGCGAGGUAUGGUGCCCUCCUAACAACAGCCACUUAUCAAAGAAAAUCGAAGGAGUUCAAAGAAGAGCAACACUGUGGAUACUAAAGAAGAAACGCGGAGAACUAAGUUACAAACAGCGCUUAAUGCAACUUAA